AUGUCAUUUUCACAAAAUUAUGUUACUCUUAUCAUCCCAAUCUGCCUGCUCAUACUUGUACAUCAUGCAUCAACAGAUUGGGUGAAUCAUGGAGGAGGAAUAGACAACCGGAGAUUUGCCACCGACGAGUUUCAGAUCAACCCUUCCACAGUGAACAAACUCAGGCUAAGAUGGAAGUUUUUCACCGGGAAGGACAUAUCGGCGACGCCAGCCAUCGCCGGUGGAGUCGUCUACUUUCCGUCAUGGAACGGGUUCUUGUAUGCAGUGAAUGCCUUCACUGGGGAUCUUAUAUGGCAGCAGAAUCUCGGUCAACUGACCGGCCUCCCCGGAACUGGAACUUAUGUGAAUGUAUCGGUCUCGAGAGCUACUCCGGUUGUUGCCCGUGAUCUUUUGAUCGUCGGAAUCUAUGGACCUGCGGUCGUGAUUGCUGUCAAUCUUGCCUCCGGCCGGCUCGUUUGGUCAACAACAAUCGAUCCUCGUCCGCUCGCUCUCAUCACUGCAUCAGGCACCGUUUAUUCCAGGGGAUUCUAUGUCGGAGUAUCUUCUUUGGAAGAAACACUAUCUGCAGACAAAUGCUGUACAUUUCGUGGAAGCCUGGUAAAGCUAGAUACUCGAACAGGUGCAAUCCAAUGGCAGACAUACACAAUUCCUGACAAUGCCGGUCGACUCGGCGGUUAUUCCGGUGGCGCCAUAUGGGGAAGCAGCCCCGCCGUCGAUGUUUCGAGGAGAAUCGUGUAUGUAGCCACCGGAAACCUCUACACCGCCCCGCCGGAGGUAUUGGAAUGCCAAGAGAAGCAGAAUAAUCAAACUACAAAACCCACGCAACCCGAUCAAUGUACAGGUCCCGACGUUAUGUUCAAUUCGAUAAUUGCUUUCAAUAUCAAAUCGGGAAAUGUUAUUUGGUCUCGACAACUAGGAGGUUACGACAUUUUCUACUUCGCCUGUUUGAUUCCUAAUAAUCCCGAUUGUCCUCCGGGACCUAACGUCGAUGCUGACUUCGGAGAGGCGCCGAUGUUGCUCACGAUCAAGUCAAACAGAACUCUACGUGACAUCGUUGUGGCUGUACAAAAGAGCGGCUUUGCUUGGGCUCUAGAUCGUGACAAUGGUGAUAUCGUCUGGUUCAAACUUGCAGGUCCGGGGAGUAAUGAGGGAGGAGGGAUAUGGGGAGCAGCCACCGACGGAAAAAGGGUGUACACCAACAUAGCGAACGGCGAUCGUGUGAAGUUCACCCUUGCUCCGACUAACCAGACCACCACGGUGGGUGCAUGGGUGGCGUUGGAUGCAAACACCGGCCAGAUCUUGUGGACCACAGCUAACCCAAGUAACGACUUAUGUGAAGGACCGGUGUCGUUAACCAGAGGGGUUGUGUUUGCGGGAUCAGUGGCUCCGAAUGGUCCAGUGUAUGCAAUGGAUGCCAGAACAGGGAGGGUUUUGUGGUCGUACGACACCGGAGCCACCGUAUACGGUGGAGUGUCAGCGAGUUAUGGGUGUAUAUAUGUUGGGCAUGGGUAUACCGUUGGGUUGGGUGUGUUUCAUCCUUGGACCCCUGGCAACUCACUCUUUGCCUUCUGUCUUUUCUAA